GCGCCCGCGCCCUGGGGGCGUCCGCGCUUGUUUUUUGGCGGGCUCGGCGGGGCUUCCCUCGUGUGCGCCUGCGCGCGAAGACAGGGAGCGAGACGGCCCCGUUGAGUGAAUCUUAACGACGUCAAAUGUGCUUUUGCAGCUGACUGAUGAACUCCAAGAUGAAGCCGAAACAGGAGGAAGAAAGACUGAAAGGGUCUAUAAAGAACUACCUGAUGGACGGUGUAAAUAGCACCGUCGUCCCAAGGAGGACCCUUAAGAUGAUUCAACCUUCUGCAGCCGGCUCUCUCGUGGGCAGAGAAAAUGAGCCCCCCAGAGCCGCCUCUAAGCGACAGCCUUGGCACGAUCAGCCGACUCCCAAGACCUGCAGCGUCGACGUUCCCGUACCCGCAGAGCACAAUGAGAACGAGAGCCUUGAAGGAGUCUCUCAAGAAGCGUUUGACCUCAUGGUUAAAGAAAACCCAACCUCUCAAUAUUGGAAAGAGGUGGCCGAGAAGCGGCGGAAAGCUCUGUACGAAGUACUACAAGAAAACGAGAAGUUACACAAAGAAAUCGAACAGAAGGACAAUGAAAUUGCCCGUCUGAAAGAAGAGAACGAAGAACUGGCAGAACUAGCAGGACACGUCCAGUACAUGGCCGCUAUGAUCGAGAGACUGACGGGUCAGCCGCCCCGUGACUUGGAACCCCUGAACCUGGCCUUGGGGGAAUCGAAUUUCGGAGAGGAAGAAGCGGGCGGUGACCCGGAAGGGGAAGACGCCGACACACCUGGUGAGGAAAGGGUCUCCCGCGACCCCGACGGAGCGCCGUGCGUGUGAGACCCCUGACUGUCGGGGACGCUCGCUGCCUCAGUUUACCUCAGCCGAGGGCCCGGCGGUGCCCGGGCUCCCUCGCGGAGGGCGAAAGCCUCCAGGACCUGGUCCUUUCUAGCCAAGAAGGGCUGUUCCGAGAUGUUGCGGGUAACUUUAGGACACUGGCGUUAAAAUACAAAUACUGUGUAUUUUUAAUCUUGUGCUAUUUUAUGUAAAUAGGGUCUUAAAUCAGCCGACGCUGACCUAAGGCUUGCGUGUACUUUUGAAAUAAACUUCAGUUCUCUCCCCCCUUC